AUUUUUCUUGUAUUUACAACUAUUGAACAUAUUACUUACAUUACCUUAAUGAUUGGAUUAAUGUAAAUUAUCUUUAUAUAAUCACACUGAUUUGUUUAUGUCUAUUUAUAAAUAGAUUAGUUCAUUAUAUCUCCUAACUGUUCAAAGUUGACUGAAAACAACCAUUAAUAUUUAUACUUUCCAAUCUGUUUUACAAUAAACCUUUUACUUGGUGCUUGAUUCAUUUUCAAUUUUUGUGUUUCUUGUUAAAUGUUCAUCUGAACCCAUUGUGAAAAUGUUUUUGACAUCAUGGUUAGUGGAUAAUCUUGGCUCAUAUCAACUCUUGUUUAAUGCAUCAAUUGGACUCAUCUUAUUCUGGUUUGUUAGUUAUUUACUGCCAAAAAUUAAACGUGUCCGCAGCCUUCCACCUGGACCUUGGGGAUUACCUUUUGUAGGCUACCUGCCUUUAUUGCAGAAAAACAAUGAAUAUGAAGAUCUUGACCGUUUAGCCAAAAAAUAUGGACCAGUUUAUAGUUUAAGUAUGGGUAAAGAUACGGUUAUUGUUGUAAAUGAUUGGAAUCAUGCUAAAGAGGUGUUUAAAAAUGAUGAUUUGCUGGCUCGGCCAAUAGGUUUUGGUAACAAUAAACAUGGAGUAUCUUUUAUCCAAUCAUCUGGUGCACAUUGGCGUGAUCAUAGACGAUUAUCAUUCCAUGUUCUUCAUGAUCUUGAUCAAGUUAGAUCAUCUUUCGAUGAUAAAAUAAAAACUGAGAUUCAACAAUUCUUGCCUAAACUGGGAAAAGGUCCAGUUAAAAAUUUAUACAAAACCUUUUUAUCAUCAGCUACAAACACUAUAUCUUUCCUGUUGCUUGGCCAUGGAUUUGAGGAUGAUGAUCCUGUGAAACAGACUCUUAUUGAUACAUUGAUGGUUUCUUCACACACUGGCUCUCAGUUUGGUGCUUUUUCAUCAGGAUUGCGUCCAAGGAUUGAAAGAUUGUUUAUGAAGCCGAUUCUAAAAAAAGAAGCACCUGUUAAUUAUCAUGAGAAAACAAAAGCUCUUCCAAAGUACUUGCAGAAUGAGAUUGAUCAACAUAAAAAGAAGCAAACAACAGACUUUGACGAUUAUAUUCAUGGUUAUUUACAGGAGCAAAAGAAUCGAAAGGAUUCAUCUGGCAAUGUACCUUUUGAUGAUGAAACUUUACGAGCAAACAUCGUUUCCUUAUACCAAGCAGGAAGCGAAACAGUCUCGACAACACUUGUAUGGGCUAUUCUUUACCUGAUCCAGAAUCCUGAUUAUUAUGAAAAGAUACGAGGGGAAAUUGCGAGUGUAAUUGGCUUUGAAAGAUUACCAGAAUAUUCAGAUAGAGUUAAGAUGCCAAGCACAAUGUCUUUCAUCUUUGAAGUCCAUCGAAUCGCUUCGCUUGUUCCAGUUAAUUUAUUCCGUGUUGCUACUCGUGAUUUGAAAAUUGGCAAUUUCAAUGUACCUAAAGAUUCCACUGUCAUUGUCAACUUCUGGACCAUUAAUCAUGAUACCUUUCUUUGGAUAAAACCAUAUGAAUUUGAUCCUACUCGAUUUUUGGUCGAUCACGGAGCCAAAUCUGUAAAGCCUCCAUUCUUGACUCCAUUCAGUGGAGGUGAAAGAAACUGUCCUGGAGAGGGUUUUGCCAAUGUUGAAAUAUUCCUAUAUCUAGUCAGUAUUGUUCAAAAAUACAAGAUUGAAUGUGAACCUGGAUCAACAAUAUCGUUUGAAGCCGAAUAUGAUUCAAUCAGACGUCCAAAAUCAAUUCCACCUUUAAUCUUUACCAAAAUAUGAGAUUAAUAAAGCCAGCGGUCCAAUAUAAUGGUAACAAUAAGAUAUUCAACAUUGGAUUUUUUGUUCACCAAAAUUUUGGGUGAAUGGUCGCAAAAUUUGCUGUAACAUUACAAUUGUGGACCAUAAACUGUGUAUUAUUUAUUUCUGUUUGAAGGCAAGUUAAAGGCCAAGAGAUAGAAGUCUCUAAUAAAUAAAGCAUGGAGACUUAUAACAUUAUUGCACUUGAAUUUUUUACAUCAAUUUAAAUGUAAAUCACUCUCUAGUCAUUUUGUGAGUAUUCAUUGGGAAAGAAAGAAAUAAAGAGAAAGAAAUCUUAAAUUAAGAAAAUAUCCAAAAAUAUCUGAUUCCAUUCUGAUUACGUAUCCAGAGGUGAAAUAUUCAUAUACACACAUUAGUUAACAAUUGACACCUUGAUUGGUCGAGUAAUCUUGAUGCCUCUUUGUGAAUGUAUCCAUUUUAUUCCCAAUAUAAAUAAAUGUUCAUUCCUGAAA